AUGGCAGUAUCUGAUAAAAAGCUUGAGCUUCAGUUAAUGGCGGCUAGGACUCGGCUGUUUCAGCCUCCUUCAUCAGUUGAUAAGCUCAUUUCUCUCCUCGACAAAGUUGAGAGUUACCUUUUAAUGGUGGAACAAUCACCAAGCCAAGCGAUGCACGACGCAGUAUGUCCACCUCUCAAAACCUUGGUGGAUGAGAAACUUUUGGGACUUCCCGAUAACGAUGUCAAAGUCGCAGUCGUGGCUUGCAUCGCCGAGAUAGCAAGGAUAACCGCACCAGAUGCUCCUUAUGAUGAAGAACAGAUGAGGGAGGUCUUUCGACUGAUUGUGUCGACGUUAGAAAAUUUAUCCGACGAGUCCAGCCGCUCAUUCGAUAAGAGCAUCUCGAUUCUUUAA